UUCUCUUUUGCCAGAUAGGAAACUCACUUUUGAGUUUCGAAAUACUUUUUAAUUCCUCGUUUGGCUUUCCCCUUCUUAGAAACAUCAUGAGCCACAAAAAAAUAUGGCAACUGCUGCACCACAAGCCACAAUGAGAGAGAGAGAGAGAGAGAGAGAGUUUUCCAGCAGAGACCUCCAAAAUUAGAAUAAUGGCUCUUCCCAUCUAACUGAAGAAGGAAGAUCUGUCCAUCGCUCCAAUGCAUGCUGCUACUCGGGGGGUGAAAAAUGCUGCUCUUAGAAGGCCACUCUCUAAUGGAUGCAGCUGCUUCAUAGAUGUAUCUCUAUUGAGUGACAGUUACAAGCUAAAACCAAGAAUUCACCAUUCUUUUUAGAAAACUGAAUGAUAUUAUGGUAGGAAGUUUAGCCUUCAAUCAGAUCCCGCAAUUCCUAGCACCAUCAAACUGCAUCACAGAACCCUCAGAACAUAAACUGCUGGAGCAGGCAUCAUCGUCAUCACUGCUCCCCUUCCUGCGUCAACUCAGUUCAAUCGAAGAAUUCAAGAAGGUCCAUGCCCAAUACAUCAAGCUCGGAUUGGACCGCAUUCCCCGCCAUGCUGGGGAUCUACUCCUUGCAUGUACAAUUUCCGACUGGGGCAGCAUGGACUAUGCCUUAUCAAUCUUCCUCACACUUGACGAACCAGGCACGUUCGACUUCAAUACACUGAUCAGAGGAUAUGUUAAGCACCAUGAACCUGAAGCAGCGCUAAUUAUGUACAAAGAGAUGCAAGAGAGGAGUGUCGCGCCUGACAACUUCACAUUCCCUUUCGCUCUCAAGGCUUGCGCUGUGCUGCCAGCCAUUCGAGAAGGAACUCAGAUCCACGGGCAUGUUGCAAAGCUUGGAUUUGAAUGUGAUGUCUUUGUCCAGAACAGUCUCAUCAACUUGUAUGGCAAAUGCGGGGAGAUUGAACUUGCGAGCAAAGUAUUCGACCAACUGGGUUCAUAUAGGACAGUAGCUUCUUGGAGCGCCCUUCUUGCGGCACUUACUAGAAUGAGCUUCUGGGGUGAGUGCCUGACGCUAUUUGCGACAAUGACUAAUGAAGAAAGGUUAAGGGCUGAUGAGAGCUCAAUGGUCAGUGCUCUGUCCUCGUGCACGCAUUUGGGUGCUUAUGACCUGGGCAGAAGCAUCCAUUGUUCCCUGCUCAGAAAUACUACAGGCCUUAAUAUAAUCAUGCAAACUUCAUUGAUAGAUAUGUACGCAAAAUGUGGAUUCCUGGAGAAGGGGAUUAAAAUAUAUGAGAAAAUGCCUGAGAAGAAUGCUUGGGCAUAUAGUGCAAUCAUAUCCGGAUUGGCCAUUUAUGGAGAGGGGAAAAGGGCUUUGCAAGUAUUUGAAAGCAUGCUCAAGGAAGGGCACAAACCUGAUGAAGCCAUUUAUGUGGGAGUACUAAGUUCUUGUAGCCAUGCUGGGUUGCUUGAAGAGGGCCUUCAUUGCUUUGAUAGGAUGAGGUUCGAGCACCGGAUCACGCCCAAUUCUCAACACUAUGGGUGUAUGGUGGACCUAAUGGCCCGGGCAGGAAAGUUGGAAGAGGCGUACAAACUAAUCAUGAGCAUGCCAAUGGGACCCACUGACACGGCGUGGCGAAGCCUGCUGAGUGCCUGUAAAAUCCAUGGAAACUUGGAGCUGGCAGAAUGUGCGUGUCGAAAUCUAAUGCAAUUAGAUGCUCAAAACAGUGGAGAUUUCAUAAUUCUCGCGGAUAUGUAUGCAAAAGAGAAAAGGUGGGAUGAUGCAGCAAGAAUCAGAACAGAAAUAGCGAAUAAAGAGCUGACACAAAUUCCCGGUUGUAGCGCAGUUGAGGUAAAAGGGAGAAUGCACAUCUUUUUUUCACAGGAUAAGUCACACCCACAAAGCGAAGAAGUGAACGAGAUGUUAUAUCAGAUGGAAUGGCAGCUCAGGUUCGAGCGGUACACUCCAGAUACAUCUGAAGUGUUUAAUGAUGUUGAUGGGGAGGAGAAAAAGGUAUUGCUCCGUGGGCAUAGUCAGAAACUUGCAAUAGCUUUUGCUCUUCUGAAUACAAGCAAAUGGAGUACAAUAAGAAUAAUUACAAAUAUUAGGAUGAGUAGAGAAUGCCAUACCUACACAGCAUUGAUUUCGAGGAUUUUUGGGCGGGAGAUUGUCGUCAGGGACCGGAGCCGCUUCCACUGCUUCAGGAACGGGGAAUGCACUUGUGGAGAGUACUGGUGAAUAAAAGAGUGCUGUAGAAUGACAGAUUUGUAGUUUACAGAUGGCUUUGAUUUGUGUACGAUAAUUCCCAGUCUACGUUCUCUCCAGAUGAAUGGCCUUACAGAUCUGUCAUAUAAAAUCUCUGUAGCUGGCGAAAGAUAACCUGAUGUGUUCGAAACACAUCAUAUGAACUGUAGAUGCAAGGGACUUGUAAAGCAAUAAUAGAUCCAAUUUCUUUUGUAAAUU